AUGAAGUAUCUUCUUGCAGCGUCUUCUCUCGCUCUGGCGUCAACAGCGCUUGCUCAGCGCACCAUAACUGUGUACAAUGCGUGUCCUUUCACCAUUUGGUAUGUUCAUAUGUUCACGGGCUCCGGCACAUUGCCUAGCUACACAACUGGCUGGGAGGCUACCCAGUAUACUGCAGUUACCUUCCAGGUCCCAAGCACCUGGACGGCUGGACGAAUCUGGGGACGUCGCGACUGUGACUUCAGCACAAACCCCGGCCCGAACUCUUGCCUUGACGGUGGUUGCAAUGGAGGACUGGUGUGCAACCCCACCACCGGCACGGGUGUCCCUCCUGCCACUCUUGCAGAGUUCACUUUGGAUGCAGGAGGCGUUGAUUAUUAUGACGUAUCUCUUGUCGAUGGGUAUAAUUUGCCCGUCCGUAUCACAAAUAAUGUUGGGUGUGGGGUUCCAAGCUGCCCUGUGGACCUAGGGCCUAACUGUCCAGCACCACUCAAAGGCCCUUACGACUCCACAGGCUUCCCUGUUGGGUGCAAGAGUGCUUGCGAGGCCAACCUCGAUGGUAAUCCAUCAAACUCUCCCAACUGCUGCACUGGGCAGUAUAAUACGCCUGCUACAUGCCCAUCGUCAGGCGUUGAGUACUACAGCUACUUCAAGGAUAACUGCCCCAACGCAUACGCUUAUGCAUACGAUGACACGACCUCUCUGUUCACCUGCAGCUCUUCGCUCAAUGCUGUGUAUACAAUCACCUUCUGCCCAUGAGCAAAGGGCAUCUAUAUUCUUGUCGGGAAACUGGGGAUAAUUUGUUCUAUAUACUGGAUUUCGUCGUGUUUGUAAUUGAAGGAAAUCGUCGUGAGUACUAGUUUGCGGAGGCCGUGUUUGUCAAGGUUGAAUAUAAAUGCACGUUAGUGUUAGUAAACAUUGGUCUGAUUAUGUGAGGUCAAGGUAUACAAUGCUGCGCCAUUGACCUGGCCUCCCUCCAACCACCUUUCAGUAUCCGAACCUUGGGGGUUGCAGGGGACACGAGUAUCACUGUCCUCGGAGAUGUGACAUGUCCGGGGUCGAGUAGCAUUCUUCGAAUGCUGCUAGUGAUAUAUAUAAAGAAGGUUCAGAUGAGUCUGAAACCGGUCGGGCUAUUAUCUUG